CGAGAUACAACGCCAUUGAUAUUGAGGUAUGUCUGCCUAGUAGACAGGUCUGUUCUGCCUAGUUUCACAUCAUCUUGGUGAUCUUGAUGCUACAGGAACGGCAUAUUUAUAUCGCCAGUUGAUCAGGAAUCAGGUCCCCGUACCCCACUUCAUCACCAUUGAACCUCCAACAAAGCAAUCAUGGCCCUUCCAUUCAGUCAGGUUCCCUCCGGGGCAAAGAUCCCUCCCUCGCCCUUUCAGGUCCAUGUCCCCGACGAGCAGAUCGAAGAGCUGCAGCUCCUGAUCAAACUGUCGAAGAUCGCCCCGCCCACCUUCGAGAGUCAGCAGCAGGACCGGAAGUACGGUAUCACGACCGAAUGGCUGACCACGGCUCGAGAGGCAUGGAAGACCUUUGACUGGAGAGCCGUGGAAGACCACCUCAAUGGCUUCCCCCAGUUCAAGUACUCCAUUGACGGACUAGACAUCCACCUCGUCGCUCUAUUCUCGGAGAAUCCAGACGCCAUCCCAAUCCUCCUGCUCCACGGCUGGCCAGGCAACUUCACGGAAUUCCUCCCCCUCCUCUCCCUCGUCAAGGAGAAGUAUACCCCCGCCACCCUGCCCUAUCACUUCAUCGUGCCCUCGCUGCCCGGGUACACGUUCUCCUCAGGGCCCCCGGUGGACAGGGACUUCGGGACCGAAGACAUCGCCAAGGUGAUGAACCAGGUCAUGGCGAAUCUGGGUUUUGAAUCCUACGUCGUACAGGCGGGUGAUAUCGGCUCGAAGGUUGCGCGCAUCCUGGGCGUUGAUUAUGAUGCUUGCAGGGCGGUGCAUCUAAACGCCUGCUUCGUUGAAAAGCCCGCCUCCGUCGCCGACUCCGCGCUUUCCGAGUCCGAAGCCCGCAAUCUGCAGCGCGCCCAGUGGUUCGCGCUCUGGGGCUCGGGCUAUUUCGUCGAGCAGGGGACCCGCACCAGUACGAUUGGGAACGCCAUCGCGACGAACCCGGUUGCACUGCUCGCUUGGAUUGGGGAGAAGUUCCUCGACUGGGUCGAUGAUCGCGAUCCCUUGCCUCUGGAGAGUAUUCUUAAGUCGGCGACGUUGUAUUGGUUGACGGGGACGCUGCCGAGGUCGAUUUAUACUUAUCGUGAGGCCUUCCCUCCGCCCCCUAUCAAACACGCCAUGGAUCCCAGAUGGUACAUCCAGAAACCAUUCGGAUAUUCGUAUUUCCCCAGGGAGUUGAUCCCCGCGCCCAAGGCGUGGGUCGCCACCACGGGAAACCUGGUGUUUUGUAAUUAUCAUGAGAAGGGAGGCCAUUUUGCGGCGCUGGAACGGCCGAGAGAUCUGCUUGAUGACGUUUUGGCGUUUGUGGAGCAGGUGAGGGGGGAUUUGUGAGUACCUUAUACUCCGUUUUUACUUGUAGGUAGAUUUGGAUUGGGUGAUUAAGUUGUUGGGUAUAAAUCUUGGGGCUUGGGGCUUGACGACUGGCUAUAGCUUGAUUGAUGUCUUCUCUUUCUUAUACCUAUAGUAUGCCAUAAAUCGAAAAAGCCCAACUAA